AACACACAAAACAUUGUUAGGCAGGGAUGCAUGUUAAAUGAUAACAAACCUCCCAAAAUAUAAAUGUUGUAUGCAUUUUUUUGCCACCAUAAUACAAUACAUUGUCUGAUUUUAGAGCUAUCACAAAAUCAAUACAUUUUGAGUGCAUGGCUUUGGACUUGGUACCUAUACUGACACAAUUCAAUCAAAAUUUCAGAAACCUCCCACAUUAACUGAUCACAGGUAGCAACAGGUACACUUCCAUUUCUACCAUUUGACAAACAACUUAUUCAAGAUGUAUGCUGUCAAAGCACUACAAUUCUUAGACAAAGAGGAUCUUAAAUGCGCCAUCUGCCUAGAGAGAAUGACAGAGCCAAAGACACUCAAGUGUCUCCAUAGCUACUGUUGUCACUGUUUAGAAACUUUAAUGCAAACACAGGGCAAGUUGAGUUGUCCAAAAUGUGGUCAGCAUUAUCAACUAACAAAAGGUGAUUUGAAAAAACUCACUUCUAAUGAAAUGAUAAAUCAUCUACUUGAAUAUGUAAAAAAGACUGAAUCUGAAAAACCAGCUCAAUGCUCAAACUGUGAUAAUCAACCAAAAUACAAUUGUCCUGAAUGUUUACUGUACUUAUGUGCAGAGUGCAUUAAACAACACAAGUUAAUACCUGCAUUGAAAGACCAUCCAUUGUAUACACUAGAUGAGAAUGAAGAAGGAAGCAAAGAUGAACACAACAAAUGUCCAACUCAUUGCAACAAGGAACUAGAAUUCUACUGCUCAACUUGCAAGAAAUCAGCAUGUGAUGAUUGUAAGCAUGUACUUCGUUGCUAUCAAAAUAAACAUAAUGUGAUACCAAUGAUAACUGCUAUUGAUGAUUUUAAUCACAAUGCUAAUGAAGUUAUUAAUACAGCUCAAGGCAUUAAAAACAAAUUGCAAGGAACACUUGAUUCAAUUACUAAUGAUAGAGCUGAUUUUGAAUAUCACCUUAAGUUAUGCAGAACAGCCAUUGAAGUGAAGGAGAAAACACUUAUUAAAAAAAUUCAAGAGAAAAGCAAAAUAUUAAUUUCAGACCUUGAAAAUAUAUACAAAGAAAAGAAAGACGAUAUUGAUAGUCAAGUAAAGAAUAUUGAUACAAAGCUGACUAAAGUUAAUAAUGUGAUGGCCUCAAUCAGUACAAUGAUGAACAGACCACAAGAAACUGAAACUCUUGAAUCCCAUAAGACAACUAUCAACACUGUCAGAGAUGAGAUUUUAGGAACUGAUUUUGAUAAAUCAUUUCCUAAAAAAAAUAUUACACCAACUUUCAUUCCAUCUACACACUUGGAUGAGGUAAUGAAUACUGAAUGCAUCGGUAAAAUCACAACUGUUGAUGGCAUGUACAAGGUUGAUCAAGAUGAUGAAGCAAUUACCGUCACAAAAGGACAAACAUUUGUAGUAACCGUAUCAAGCUUAAGUGAGAGCGAUGCAAGUAAAUUAUCUGCAACUCUAAGCAACCCAUCAUAUGAAGAAUCAGCCACUGAUGUAAAAUAUCAAGGAAAUGGAGAGUACAAAAUAACAGGUAGAUGCAAUGUGGAAGGUGACUGGCAAAUGAAGAUUAUUGCGGGAGAGGUGCACAUCAAAGGAUCUCCAGUGAAUAUUAAGGUAGAAUCACUGGGACUUGUACAUACCAUUGGUAACAUAUCAGAUUAUAAAGAACAUAGGAAAGAAAAUAAUGUGUCAGGUGUAGUGUUAGACACAGAUGGAUGCAUAUUAGUAUCUAGUGGUAGUAAAGAUAUAUUAAAGUUCAAUCAAUCAGGUUCUUUUGUUUCUAAGAUACAGGUGCCCCAAGAUGUGGAGGUCCAUAGCAUGCAUCUAAUGGGUGAUGGUCACAUGGUGUACAGUGAUUACUUAGGAAAAUGUGUUGUAAUGUGUGAUGAUAAAUUUAAAGAAAUCAUCUCAUUUGGUAAAGGAAUAUUGAAAUAUCCAGAGGGAUUGACAGUAAACAAAAAAACUGGAGUCCUGUAUGUAGCAGAUAGCGAGGCUCACUGUGUGUUUAAAUUCAAUGUUGAUGAUGGUAGACUACUAGGUAAGAUAGGUUCAGAGGGUAGUGAAGUAGGUCAGAUGAAUCAACCAGUUGAUGUUACUUUAACCAAGGAAGGUCAUAUGAUCAUUGCUGACUUCGCCAAUAAUAGAAUACAAAUGUUUGAUGCACAUGAUAAGUUUAUGCGAAUCCUUGUAGGCUGUGGUAAGGAAGAUGGUAAAGUAAGGGGUCCUUGUGGUGUAACCAUGGAUAUGGAUGAAAAUAUAAUAGUGUCAAGUAAUCAUAAACUACAAUUAUUUGAUAAAAAUGGUGUCUUUAUUAAACGAAUAGAUCAUGAAGAUGAUGGAUUAAGUACCCCAGGAGGAAUUACUGUGAUCUCUAAUAGACCAAGAAGAGUAGCAGUAGCAAACCACGAAGCAAACAAUGUUAAAAUUUUUAACUAUUAAAUGACAUUGAAAUAUUAAGCCAUCUAUAUUAUAACUAAAAUACACGGUACAAUUUGAUUUAAAUUCUCAUAAAAAUAAAGUCACAGUAAAUAUUGUACUGUUACUUGUUAUUCCAGGACAAUAUUCAUUUAUGCCCGUUUAAAGUAAUAUACAAGCAGCAGAGUAGUUCUGCAAAUGCUCAGUUUUGACAUUAAUUAUACUACUGUAUGUUAUUCUACGUUACUCAAUAGACAAUGUUGUCAGAGUGUUGCAUCAUGUAUGUGCGAGUUACACAAAAUAGUAAUAAAAUGUCUAUAUCAAAAUGACUGUUGAAACUUUUGUUUUUUCUUUAAUAAUAAUAAUAAUAAUUAUAAUAAUAUAGCAAUAAUAUAACUUUGGCUUGUAUACUGUAGCGCGUUAUGCUAAAAGCCUCAAUGCGCUUAUUAACAAUAAAAAUGAAAAUGCCAGGAGAAAAAAUGUAAGAAAAUACACAUUAAAAGGGUGAGUUUUUAAAGCUGCCUAUUAUUAUUAUAAUAAUACUGU